AUGGAUGCACAUAAAAUUCUAGCAGCAACGCUCGGCGCAGGCUUUAUCCUGCCGGAGUCGAGCGCAGAAUUUCGAUUCGCUCAAAACGCAAUUGGCAGAAGCCGCCGAAUCAUUGCAGCCAUCUACUGGGACUUGAACGCCAUGUGGCAUCUACAACAGGCGUGGGAGGACGACUCCUCAGAACAUGAACGUGAACAGUACGAGUCACAGCGUCGGACAAUCCAGGGAUUUCUUGAUCAGUCGGUCUAUCACAGGUAUACUCACAUUUUCCAGGACGCCGAAUUCUACCCGCUCUUUGAUCGCGUCAAGUACUUUCUCCUCGAGCAUGGGUGGGCACUGUUCGCCAUGUGCGCACAGUCGGAAGCUUUCCGUGCAGCAUGUCUCAAUCCAGAGAUUCUGGUCUGGGACGAGGUGAGAAAAUUGAUCACUGCUAACAAGCGCAGUAUCGAGAUCUUUGUUCGAUCUCGUCAACUCGAUUGGGCAACGCCUCUGCUGAGCUAUGGCAUUUUCGGAUUGAAGGAUAUCAUGAGCGCCGUGCAGCCUUCGCUGGAGAUAGGUAAGGAGCACGUUCAUCACUUGAUCCAGACAUCAGAGGGAUAUCUGAAACGUCCCAUCCAUGCGGGGAAAGCACAGACUAACAUCAACGUUGCCCUUUUCAAGCCGACGCGCAAAUCUCAGAUGCAUCCAUAUAUGCGCCCUCCGAAACCGGGUCCUUGCAUGAAGUGUCUGUGCAAGAGGAAAUGUCCGUGCCAUAAUCUGGGUGGGUUUCCCGACUGUCAAAAAUGUCGAUGCCCUCAGGCUUGCAACUGCAAGAAGCCAUUGUGGUUGACUUGCUUUGUGUGUGGCGCCACCGAGCGUUGCGAAUGCCGAGCCGGCUCUAUGGCAGGUGACUUGGUAGAACUCAUCGAGUAUCCCGUCAGGGGAACCGGUGUGCGUGCGUUGGCCAAUAUCAAGGCCGGUGCUGUUUUGGGUGAGUACGUUGGCGAAGUGAUCCCCCCGCGGCGGCAAUGUGACGAUGAUAUCUACGCUCUUUUCCAGACGGGUGUUUUUGGGAUGCUUCAAAUGAAGGAAACUGACCCGACUCCAAUCGGAACAACUUCAUCGGCGCACAUUGGCAACUGGACUCGAUACAUCAAUCACCACUGUGAACCUAACUGUCAAUUCGUCUCCGUUGUCGUUGGUGAUCGGGUGACAACCAUCGUUGAAGCUCUUCAAGACAUUGCCAUUUUCGAAGAAAUCACAUUGCACUAUGGACCGAAUUAUUGGCGCUCGAGAUUUUGUCAGUGUGGGAGCUCCAAAUGCUGCCAACCGCCACCCAAACGGAACAAUCGGGCCGAUCAGUGGGAUUGA